CAACAAUAUGAGGACAAGGCUGCUGAAUCGGCUGCUUCUCAAGAGGAGUUGUCCAACAUCCAGCUCGAGGUCACUACUGCGAGGUCCGUGGUCAUGGUUUCGAGAGUGGCAGCAGCACGCGCAGGUGACGUGGCAGAGGCGCUUCAGCGGCUCCAGCAGGUUGUUCAGGGCGUCCCAUCCGCUGUGCUGGCGGGCAACCGAGCUACGGCUUUCUCCGCGCGGCCCACUCACUUCGGAGAGCUUCAGACGGCUUUUGAGCAGCACAAGCAGUCGCAGAGGGUCCAGGACUCGAUGGAUCACGCCAAGCGCCUCUCAGUCGCAUGCCUGCAGGAGCACCAUCCCAGUGGGACCUUCGUCACCCCCUCGGACGGCACCUACAGAGACCCGAAGACAGGGUACGCCACGCAGAUUGACUACUUUAUGGCCUCGGACGGGCUCGGGGCAGUCAUGGAUGACGCCCGUGUUGUAGGCGGCUUCCCACCCCGGUCAGCGAUGGAGUCGCUGAUGACGGCGAUGAUAAGUUUCAAAUUGACGCUGUCAGAGCGCGUCAUGUUUGCCCCGUUCGACUCGUUCUACCAGCAUACGCAGCUGAUAGAUAGGGCGCUCGACAUAUAUGCUGACGACGUUGCCGUCGCUAUCGUGGCUGCGCUGAAGACUAUCGUGACAGACUGCGGGCAGGUGCUCGACUUUCGCUCUGCUGCUGCCCCCGCGGUCGAGGAAGUAGGCCACGCCUCGUCCCUUCGCAGGCUCUGGGAACAAUGGGCCGAGAG